AUGAAACAGCUUUUCUCAAAUUCAGAUUGCCAGAACAUGGACAGUGACGCGGCAAAGAUAGUCUGUCGCUUCAAAGAGUUCAGGCAAAAAGGAUUGUUCAUUGACUGCAUAUUUACUUCAUGGAAUAAACCAGAAGUCAAAGCACAUAGAAUCAUUUUAUCAAAAAACUCUACACUACUAAAACAUUACUUUGAAACAACACCAUAUAAUCCAUCGAAUAUCAAAUUGAAUAUACCAUUUAAUACACCAGAUCAUUCAUUUUCUAAAAUUGUUAAUUUUUUUUAUAACAAUACAAUAGAACUGACAAACGAUAACGUGAUUAUACUUCUUGCUCAUUCUAUUAUAUAUGGAAUUAAGCAUCUAGAAAAAAUAAUUAUGGAUCUAAUAUCCGAUUCAAUAAAUAAGACAUCUUCAGUAAAUUUCUUUAAGCAAGUAAUAUCAUUCACAAUAUCAGCCGAUUCCUAUUCCAAAUUUCCCGAUCUUGCCCAGAACUAUGAUAGAUUUAUCCGUCAAUUAGAUUUUUUGGCUAAAUACGUUGCAGAAAAUUAUGUUGACGACGAACUUUAUGAAGUAUUUAGCUGUGUCAAUCCAAGAUUGCUUUCGAUGAUUCUGAAGCAUUCUUCAAUUCCAGAUUCUAAAAAAGUCAAAAUCAUUAACGAUUUUGUCGCAAAUUUAGAACUCACCACCAACGAUAUGACCUAUCUUACAGACACAAUUCACUGGGAAAAUCCAGAUUCAUAUACAUAUUUAGUUAAAAAUAGUUGUGAAUGGCUUUUGCCUAAAGUUUCUCGCAAACUAUACUCGAUUAUUAUUACAAACCGCAGAAUCUCUGCCAACGCCUUCCAACAUAAGAUUGAUUCGAUCAGUGAUAUCGAUCCAUCAAAUUCAGACAACAAACAAGCACAAGGAACAACAGAAAAUCAACCACCAUCACGAAAACUACAAAAUUGGUUCCCAUUCGCAUGGUUAACUGUCGUUUGGGAUUCUCAAGGAAAAACUUGCACUCCAGAAGUCGAACUUUCAGAGUUCAUCGGCACUCUUGGUGGCCUUGUCAAAUUCUUCAAUCCUGUCAACUAUUUACUCCUUGAAUCUUUCGCAUCGACUCCAAUUCAUCCAAAAAUUUUCUCUGCCGCAUAUAUCUUCGAGGAUUCAAAGAAUUACUUCCUGUCUAACUGCGAGCACAACUACAUUGGUUUCAAGAUGAGAUUACCUUGUUUUAAAUUGUCAUCAAUAAUUGUAACUUUUGACAAUAGAGAACGAGGAAAACCAAUGACAUCAAAUACUAAACUGAUGUAUAACAGCUUAGGAAAAAUGAAAUUAUUAAUUUCAGAUUCAAAUAAUAAGACUAAGUUCCCUAACCCAGUCUUGCCAGGUGUUCCUUUCGAGUGCAAACAGAUUCCUGUACUGUUCAUUUGCGUAAUACCAGAUACAGCUGGCGAUGGGAACAUUAAAUGUCUCCGCGUAAGCAGAUUGAAGUCGUAUGGUACAUUUGAUGUUGAUUAA